AUGUAUGGAAUAAAAUAUAAUAAGCGAGAUGUCUGGAAUCCUAAUUUUAUACCAUAUAGACAUCAGAGAAUUUUGAUACAAACAGGAGAAUUAUCACCAACACAAGUGGAUGUACUAAGGAAAACAUUAAUAACAGAUUUAUCAGGUGGUAGUUCUAUAGGAAGACAACAAACUUUGUUAAGUAAUAAACUAGAUGAUGAUCCUAUAACAAAAAAAUUGAUGGAAAGAGGAAUUUUAAAAACUAACAUAACAGAAAAGAAGGAAAUAAAAAUUCAAGAAAAAGAAAAGGAACAACCAGAGGAAGUUGUAGAAUAUGAAGAAAUUGAAGUUGAUGAGGAUGAAGAAGUGGAAUAUGUAGAAAUUGAAGUAGAUGAAGAUGAAGAAGUAGAAUAUGAAGUAGUUGAAAUAGAGGUAGAUGAUAAUGAAGAAGUAGAAUAUGAAGUAGUUGAAGUUGAGGUAGAUGAUGAUGAUGAAGAGGUAGAAUAUUCAGAAGAAGAAUUAGAUGAAGAUAUAGAAGAACAAAUAGAAGAAAAAAAAGAAAGUACACAACUAAAAAUGGAAUCCAUAGAAAAGAAACCAUUAGAAAUUAAAGAAACGCAAAAAUAUCCAUUCACAACGGAUUCACAAAAGGGAAUAGACCCAUUUAAAAAAAAUGAAAUAAAAUCUUAUGAUCCUUUUAAAAAGGAUAUGGCUAAACCAGAAGAUAAUUUAAAAAAAGAAGAAAGUAAACCGUAUGAUCCUUUUAAAAAGGAUAUGGCUAAACAAGAGGAUAAUUUAAAAAAAGAAGAAAGUAAAGGAUAUGAUCCUAUAAAAAGAGAUGUAACACAAACGCAAGAUAAUUUAAGAAAAGACGAAAGAAAACCAUAUGAUCCUUUAAAAAGAGAUGUAACACAAAUGCAAGAUAAUUUAAGAAAAGACGAAAGAAAACCAUAUGAUCCUUUAAAAAGAGAUGUAACGAAAGCUCAAGAUAAUUUAAUAAGAGAUGAAAUAAUAAUACAAGAUACAUUUAAAGCCGAUGCUAUAAAAGCACAAGAUAUUUUAAAAAGGCACGAAACAAUAAUACAAGAUACAUUUAAAGAAGAUUCUAUAAAAGCACAAGAUAAUUUAAGACGAGAUAAAAUAAUAAUAGAAGAUUCGUUUAAAAAAGAAGAAAGAAAAUCUCCAAAUACAUUAAAAAGGGAUGAAAUAAUAAUACAAGAUACAUUUAAAGAAGGUUCUAUAAAAGCACAAGAUAUUUUAGAAAGGCACGAAACAAUAGUACAAGAUACAUUUAAAGAAGAUUCUAUAAAAGCCCAAGAUAAUUUAAGACGAGAUAAAAUAAUAAUAGAAGAUUCUUUUAAAAAAGAAGAAAGGAAAUCUCCAAAUACAUUAAAAAGGGAUGAAAUAAUAAUACAAGAUAAUUUGGGGAGAGAUAAAAUAAUAGUACAAGAUCCUUUAAAAAAAGAAGAAAGGAAACCAAUAGAUAUGCUAAAGAAAGAAGACGUGAAACCGAAAGAUCCUUUAAAAAAAGAGGAAGUGAAACUAACAGAUAAUUUAAAGAAAGAAGAAGUGAAACCAAUAGAUACUUUAAAGAAAGAAGAAUCGAAACCUAAAGAUCCUUUAAAAAAAGAAGUAAAACCAACAGAUACUUUAAAGAAAGAAGAAGUGAAACCUAAAGAUCCUUUAAAAAAAGAGGAAGUAAAACCAACAGAUUUGUUAAAAAAAGAAGAAUCGAAACCUAAAGAUCCUUUAAAAAAAGAGGAAGUAAAACCAACAGAUUUGUUAAAAAAAGAAGAAUCGAAACCUAAAGACCCUUUAAAACGAGAUGAAGAACAAAAGGAAGGUUUAAACCAAUUAGAUAAAAUUAAAAUUAAUAGAGUUGAAGAUAAAUUCAAAAUACAAAUUCCUCAUAUAAAGUCAAAAUUUAUUGAAAGUACAAUAAAAGAUAUUUUGAAAGCAGAAUAUGAAGAUGCAGAUGAAGAUUUAACAAGAAAAUAUAGAAUGAUAGAACUUAUGAAUUUAUAUUUUGAUGAAAUGGAUAAGUUUCAUCAAAGUGAUAUAUAUACAGUUAUUGAAAAAUAUAGUAAACAAAAAGAAUAUAGUUCUAUUAUGACACGUAUGUUUAAGGAGUUUAUGGAAACACACCGUAUAAGUUCUAUAUUAAGUAAAACUAUGCUGGUAGAAUUUGGAUUAAUUAUUCUUCUUACACUAGGUAUAGGAAUAGCAGUUAUGGCAUCUGCUGGUGCUUUGGGUUGCCCUAUAUUAGGGGGAGCAUGUGUCUUGUUUUCAUUGCCAUUUCCAUUUUUAUUAAUUAUAAGGGGUCAAAAGACAAAAGCAUUUAAAGACAAAUAUUUUAAAAUUAAAGGUAUAAAAUAUAUCGCGAAGUCGUUUACUAAUACAAAUAAAUCUGAAGAUAAAGAAGAAAAAACAUGGAAUAGAAAAAAUAGCACCUUGUUCAAAGGAAUUCAACAAAUGGUAAAAGAGAAAUUCGAUACAGGAAAUGUAGUAGGAAAAAAACACCCCCAAAAUACUACAAAUAAAGCACCACAGAAAAAUAUACAAAAUAAACAACAUCAACAAAAUACACAAAAUAAGCUACAUCAACAAAAUGCACAAAAUAAAGUACCUCAACAAAAUAUACAAAAUAAAGCAGCUCAACAAAAUAGGCAAAAUAAAACUCCUGUACAAAAUGAUUAUUCAAAACAUAAUGGAAAAGGUCCUAACCAAAUUAAUAGACCUAAUCCAAAUAGACAUGUACAAUCAUUAAGAUGA